UUCCGAUCGCGACGCAUUCCCCCGGCUUGGAUGUCCUGCACCGUGUAAUUAAAUAUCAAGCCGAUUCUCCGGGUCCCUCGAAUCUCUUGUGAAUCCGCGCGACCCCCCCCCUCCUUUCCCUGGUGCAGCGAUCCCGACAAUAGCAUACCCUGGUCGGAGAAGAUAUAUACCCCCCUUGUUUACCACCAGACAUAUCCCCGGAAUACCAUGGCCUCUAGCCUGUCUAUGCGCCGGCUUCCGGUCGCGCUUGCCCGCUGCCAACCCCGAGUCAUCAGCACUUCCAAGCGCCUGAACUCCACCUCCGCCCCUCAGACUCAAAACCCCGCCUACCCCUUAUACCCAUCCGUCACCCAACUCCUGCACGAAAAGGGCAUCCCCGAGUCUGAGAUCUCUAAGAUCCCCGCCUCCGGCCCUAAGGGCCGUCUCCUGAAGGGCGAUGUGCUCGCAUACCUGGGUACCAUCCCCGCUGACUACCCGUCCACGCAAGCCGCGCGCAUCAGCAAGCUCGCGCACCUUGAUCUCAGUAACAUCAAGAUUAUGGCUCCGGUCCAGCCCGCGGAGCCUGUUGCCGCCGCGGUUGAGAAGCCGAUCGCCCGCCCCCCACCGACUACCUCCGUCACCAUCUCCAUCUCCCUGGCCGCCGUGCUCUCCGUUCAGAAGAAGAUCCAAGACACGCUGGGUGUGACAGUGCCGCUAUUAACGUUCCUGGCGCGCGCGACGGACCUAGCCAACGAUAACCUGCCCCGGUUGGCCCAUGAGACCCGCUCGGCGGAUGAGCUGUUCGAUGAGAUACUGGGUGCUCAGCCGGUUAAUACUUCACGGGGAGAGUAUACCCCGGAGUUGAAUGCUGUGGAGGCGCCUGUCCGUGCCGUGCAGGGGAGGCAGAGGAAGGAGGAUAUUAUUGAUAUUCUGAGCGGGAAUGUGGCCAAGAAGGCGGUUACUACUGUGUCGGAGUCGGCAGAGACGGCGGCGAAUGUGUUCAGCUUGACGGUCCCUGUUACGGAGGAAGUUCGGGCGAAGAUUUUCUUAGACCGUGUUAAGACCCUGUUGACCGUUGAGCCUGGUCGGCUGGUCCUUUAAUUUUAUAAGUUUUGCUGAUUGCCGCGGAAGUGCCGAUGGGAGGAGAGGAAGGGUAAAAGCUUCGCCCGGGCUAAUGCGCUUUUCUAGUAGCUAAUGUGAUUGCAGUUCCCUAUACUAACCGGCGUACAAUAGACAUGG